ACAACAACAACAAUCACAUUUGACCUCUGGGCCAAGUCGUGCUAGACCGUGCAGUCAAGGGAAGUCUGGGAUAAUUUAAAAUUCGGGUUGAAUAGAUGGGUGUCUGAUAACUGCCCGCUUAAGUCUAGGGUAUACUACCACGAUUCACAGGUAUCUAGCACAGGCAAUCUCCGACAGCGUCAUACAAACUAACCCAUUCUUCCACGCUUCACCUGUUACGAAGUAACACACCUCGAAUCCAGUAAAACAGUCUACUGGGUGGUGGCUUCUCGUGUGUCACUGUGUCCCACAGUUCUGGGUAUUUCACACAGGUACAUGUAAGUUCCAGUGUGCUUAUGAAUGAGGCUCAAACUCGUACCCAUUAGAGAAAUAAUGACUUAUUCAAGAAGGUAUUAUGCCCUAGUGUUCCUAGCGAUGUGUGUUGUCUUACUUUAUGCAAUCCAUGGGUACUAUUCCAUGCUAAGCUACAACAGGCUUCGGCAUAAGCCGUUUUACUAUAUCGAUCAACAAAUGAAAACAAGAACAACUACUUCAUUAAAUCACGCAGGCCGGUUACCAACCCAAGAGAACCGUGCCAAUGCAACCAGGUUUGGUAAAAGGACCAACGCUGUUGACGUUUCUUCAAACAAAUUCUGGUUAAGGAAUAUAACUAGAAAAGGUAGCAAAGAUGAUAAGCGGGUUAAUACUGAUGGUUUCUCAAGCAUCUCCUUACGUGUACGCAAUAAAGGCAAAGUCAAAUUGGCUGACGAUGUUGACAGUCCAUCUGCCAAGCCCGUGUCUGCGAGUAAUCGGUAUAGUAAUAAGAACAAAGAGGACAGUGAUACUGGCAGCUCUUUAGACACCCCUUUACCCUCGAAAACAAAAAGAAGAUAUGGCAACACAAUAGUGAGCACCCUCUCGCUGGUCCUGUUCACCACUUGGUCUGACGAUAUGGAUGGAGGAGUGAGGAACAACACCUGUUACAACUGGGGAUCCUUGAGACCUCUGGUUCACCCUGUCCUCUUCACAAACAGUUCUUCGGCUGCUGGGCAGUGUAAGAAAAACGGCUGGACGAUUCUUCCUCUCACACAGACAGCUGCUGGAGGGGCACCUGUUCUCAAGUUCAUGUUCUCCGAGAUCAUCUCAAGGUUUAACUCGACGCUGUACGGCUACUCAAACGGAGACAUCCUGUUCGGAGACGACCUUCUCCAGACUCUGUCGGCAGUUCACGUGACGUUCAAGACUCAGACGAGUCCACUUCUUGUCGUAGGCGUCAGAACAAACGUCAACAACGUUAAAUCACUGGAGGCCUCAUCUUCCAAGAACCUUCGCGAGGCAGCAAAGAAGAGAGGCAAGCUCUUCAUCAGCGUAUCUGAAGAUUAUUUCAUUACCAACAAGGCAUUUCCAUGGGACGGGAUCCCCGAGGUGGUGGUAGGACGAGUUGCCUACGACAACUGGCUGGUGUUGGAUUCUAUUCACAGGGGUCAUACAGUCAUAGACGCUACGGAAACCAUUCUUGCAGUUCAUCAGACGACCCGAAAGGGUAAUUUCCAAGGACGUUCCAACCGACGCUAUCCACACUAUAAUCGAGAACUUCUGUCUCGGCUACACAAGAAUAUUUACUACUCGGCCGGAUCCACGCAGUGUGUUAAGAUCAUCACGAAGUAUUCGAUGAACGGUGAAAUAUUUGCCUUGAAAAGAAACAGUGUACCAACAUUUUGUCAAAAACCUUAUGGUUGAAAUAAACAUUUUAUUUGUUCAA